AGAAAGAGCUGCAGUGCAAACGUCAGUAUACGUUGUUACAGCAUGAAAAGGAUGGGAAAAUAAUUUGACUCCUGGGUGUUGAAUCGAACGUAACAGACAUGCUGCUAAUCUCCCUAUUCUGAGGCUGAAUACGACCAAUAGUAAUGGCGAUGGUGGUGGUGGUGUUUCAGCAGGCCUCGUAGCCGGGACGUUCAAACUCUGAGAAGCCAUGGAACCACUGUUGAUGCUUCCUGAUGACCUGAAAAUUCAAUGGAAUAAAAGGUUAAAGAAAACUGCUGGUUUCUGCAGAAACCCUUCCUACCAGCCUACUUACUUGGAUCGCAGUGCCAUGUUUGAGCUGUUAGAGAAAGUGUGUGACUGUACAGACCGUUUUCGGGACACACUGAUCCAUGAAGUCUGUCAUAUGGCUGUAUGGUUAAUUCAUAAAGUUCCUAAAGGACCUGGCUCAGUUUGGAAAUUUUCAUUUAAACAGCAAUUUGGGGGGAAAAAUGACCAUUACUGUGGCAAACUCUCUUGUUUUUUUAUGGUGAUGGAAACAAAUAUGAGCAAAUGA